AUGAGACUCGCAAUUAUAUCAACCCAAUAAGUUCUACCCUAUAAUCCAUUUUAUAUUUCUUUGCUAUAAUCUGUACGCUGAACAUAAACUAUAUUUUUAUCCUAUGACAAUGGCAUUGACAGAUGAUAAUCUGUGGUUUAUGGCUUUCGUGCGUCGAAAUGUGAUUGAUUUCAAAGUUUGAAAACGCAACCAUUUUGGAUUAAUUGCUUAUUAUUGAAAAUAUUGGCAUUUUGUAUUUUCAGUUAAAUUCUUCAACAAUAAAAAUUACCAUUGUCUGACUGUAAAAUGGGAAAGCCUUCGUCGACCCGUCUGUCUGUUAGUUGAUGUUUUGAAAACACAGUAUAUUGGUGUGGUCAGAAACAAGAUUCAGAACAACCAACAGUUUCAAAUUCUUUAUAUAAAAUGAAUAAUUCAAUAAGAAAAAAGAAACUUGGUGUCAAAAAGAGAAAAAGCAAUAAAAAAACAUUAAACAAUGUUUUCAAAGUAUUUCAACAAUUAAAAGCAGAUAAUUCAUCAGUGAAUAGUUCGUACAGUUCCGUCAGCUCAAUAAAUAAUACCAUAAUAGAUUUAGACACAAUAAAGACACCUGUAAAGAGCAAAGAUACAAGAAACAGUCUAAUAGUAAUAUGUGACGAUGAUGACACAAAUCCAACAGCAAAUAUUACAAACAUGAGUCCUCCGAUACAUUCAUCAACACCUAACUCUAAAGUGAAAUUAAAAAAAUCAAACAGCUGUAACAAGACACAAAACACAGAUGUUAAUUUAACUAAAGAUAUAAAUCAGAAUUCCUUUUUAACAAUAGAUUUAACAGGAGAAAGUACACAACAGAAUACAAAUACAGUUAUAGAUUUAGUUAAUUCAUCAGAUAAACUAAAUUUUACAUCUAUAAGUGAUGUUAGUCUCUCGAUGAGUGAUGAUUCAGAGGUAACAGUACUGAAUAUGCAAAAGAAUACACAAAGUAAACAAAUGCAGAAAUAUGUAAAAGGUAUAUCAAAGAUGAACUGUCAAGAGAGAGGGAAAUUAUUAGAAAUGAUAAUGCAAACUGUAUUCAACGGAUGUGAUGUCCAACAAAGUCAAAAAAAUCUUAAUAUUCAGGCACAAAGUACCAGGGCAACAGAAACUGUAGAAGAUGCGUAUAUCAAAGAAGUGAUUCUCGGCCAAUCAAAAUCAAGGAAUAGUAUCGGAAGUAACAUUUACAAUCCCGAGAAGGAUUUAAAGAAUAGAAAAGGUCUACGAAGAAUUAUUAUUGAUGGAAGUAAUGUUGCUAUGCAGCAUACAAUGGGCAGGAAGUUUUCAGUGAAAGGUCUACAGAUAUGUAUAGAAUAUUUCACGAAACGGGGGCAUGAUGUUACAGCUUUUGUACCACGGUUCAGAUGUAAGUUUGGUAAGAGCACUGAGCCGAGGUUAUUGGACAGUCUGGAGCGGAGUGGUCUGGUGGUGUACACACCUUCCAGAGAGAUACAGGGCAAGAUGAUAACUUCAUAUGAUGACAGAUACAUAGUGCAGUGCGCGGCCGCGUUUGAUGGUGUCAUAGUAUCAUGUGACAACUACAGAGACUUGCUUUCUGAGAAUCCAAGAUGGCGUUUCGUUAUUGAAAACAGAUUAUUGCCAUUUACUUGGGUUGGAGAUAUGAUUAUGUUCCCCAAAGAUCCUUUAGGCAGAAAUGGACCUACAUUAGAACAAUUUUUAAAACAUUAACACAUUAAUUGCCCAGUUGAGGUGUUAUGAAAAAAUCGUGGCAUUGAAAGUGUUAAUUUUUUUUUUGUGUAUAGAAUGUGUUGUUACCUUGUGAUAUAGAACUUUAAAGGUUUUUGAAGAUUGCCCAUUGUUAUGGUAUUGGAAUUUUUUUUUUCAUAAAUACUUUUUUUAAACAUUUUUGGUUUGAUAGUUUUUAAAAUUACAGAUACAA